AUGGCUUGUGUUGCGCUAACUGCAGAAACCACCUCGCCACCUGUUGUGAGGAGAGCAAUAGAGACUGCAGAGCGCCCCCUAUGCGGCCGCCUCCGAAAGCAGCAGCGACGCAGCAUCAUCAGCAUCAAAAGCCCCAUCAAGAGCGACAGCAGCAUCAGCACAGGCGUCAUCGGCAUCGUCAGCACCGCCAGCGUUGGGUCCAGGGCCCAGUGGCCCACAGGUGUUGACAAGCCCUCGCCGCCUGCAAGUGUCCCGUUUGACGGACAAGAGCGUCGCCGCUCGCUGGCGUCGGCUGCGGCCGCCGCCGGCUCGCCUCCGCCGUCGGCCGCGAGUGCGGCCACGCUGGCGGGAGUGGGCAGCCUGGCCGCGGGGGCGGCACCCGGCGCAGCGGGCUCGCCCGCCACGCUGCCGCUGGCCGCCGACGAUCGGGGCAAGCUGCUGGCCGUGGCCGGCAUGCCCGUGAGCCCCAAGGGUGGACGCCGGCGCUCCGUCAUCGCCGAGCUGGUCAACCCUGGCGGGGGGGACAAGUAUCGCUUUGUGCCCAGCUUCGCACGCGGCCCCACACCUUUGGAGGCGAACCCGAUCUCCCAGUUCUACGAGAUCGGCCGCCAGACUGCCUCAGCGGGACCCGAGCUCAUAUGGAAGAUCUACGACGCGCAGCGCAAGUCUGACAAGAGGGAGGCUUCGGUGUUUGUGUUCGAGAAACGCGUCGCCGAAAAGCUGCACAAACCCAAACGCAAGGAGACCGUCACCGAGAUUCUGCGCUUCAGUGUAAGGCAGCUGGAUCGCUUCAAGCACCCCAAAUUGCUCACCAUCUACCACCCUAUUGAGGAGGCCAGUGAAACCCUUGCGUUUGCCACGGAACCAGUUUUGGGCAGCCUGGCCAACAUCCUCAACUGUCUCGAGGAUCGCCUGCCACAAUGUCUACCGCAGGAGGUUAGGGACUACCAGUUCCUGGACAUCGAGAUCAAAUAUGGACUCCUACAGCUCACGGAAGCGCUGUCAUUCCUUCACUACUCGUGCAAGCUGAUCCACAGGAACCUUUGCCCUCAGUCGGUGAUCGUCAACAAGCGUGGCACAUGGAAGUUGGCUGGCCUAGAAUUCACCGAGAAAUGUAGCGACACCGACCUGCUGAGUCCAGUGAGCUGUCAGCCAUUCACGUCGAAGCUGCCCAAGAUGGGUCAGCCGGAUCUGGACUACACGGCCCCCGAGAUCCAGGCGACGUCGUCGUGUUCUCCCCUCUCGGACAUGUUCUCGCUGGGGCUCGUGAUCUGCGCUCUGUUCAACAAUGGGCGCUCGAUCAUCGAGGGGAACCUUUCGACCACCACUUACAACAAGCAGCUCGAAGUGCUCGAAGGCAGCUUGCACAACCUGCUGGACCGGGUGCCACACCACCUCCAGGAGCCCCUGCAGGGACUGUUGCAGGUGGACCCCAGGCGGAGGCCCAACGCUCAAAACUUCUCCAUGAUCAAGUACUUCAUGGACCCAGCUGUGCACGGACUACAGUACCUGGACGUAAUCCAGAUGAAAGACUCGACGCAUAAAUCCCACUUUUACCACAACCUCAAGACGGCGCUGCCAAACAUACCAAAGAAACUCUGGUGGCAGCAUGUGCUGCCCUCACUCAAGAUGGAGCUGCAAUCUCCUGAAGUUCUGGCGGCUGCCCUGCAGCCGCUACUCUUCAUCAUCGAGGAGAGCACCGUGGACGAGUAUCAGACCAUCAUCUUGCCCAUAUUUCGCAGCGUCUUCGGCAUGCCCAAGUCUGUUCAGGCGACGGUGACGCUACUGGAGAAUCUCGACGUCCUGAUGAAGAAGACCCCGAAGACGGACAUCAAGGCGGACGUUCUUCCGAUGCUGUACAACUCGUUUGAUUCUACCACCCCGCAGAUACAGUGUGCAGCGAUGCACGCGAUAGCACAGAUUGCUGACUAUCUCGAAGAGAGUGCUGUGCGCAAAAUGGUGCUGCCGAGGACGAAGCAAGCCUUCGAAAACAACUCCGGAAUCAAGGUGCAGGCAAACGCGCUGACCUGCAUCGAAAAAAUCAUCGACAAGCUCGAGAAGACAGACAUCCUAGAUGAAGUACUGCCCAUGUUGGGAAAGGCCAAGCUCCAGGACCCGGCAAUACUCAUGCCGGUUGUCCGGAUCUACAAGCACAUGCUGAGCGACAAGCGAUACGGACUAACGGUCAACCUUCUCGCCACCAAAGUGAUGCCAGCCCUAAUACCCGUCGUAGUCAGCCCGGCCCUGAAGCUAGAUCAGUUCACGAGUCUCAUAGAGUUACUCCAAGAAAUGCUCGAACACGUCUCCAAAAGCCAGCGAAACAAGCUCAAGUUGGAAAAGCUGUCGAUACCUUCGACGGACAUGCUGCCCGUGCAGACGCCCUACAACAUGGAGCAGCCAACAGGUUACCCUCACCGCCCACCUUCACUCCGCCUAGAGUCCCGACGGACGUCCAUUAGCAUGGACGACGUCGUCCGCAGGACCUGCAGUUCAGCUUCGUCGUCGCCAGACUCGAACCUGCUGCGCGUUCAGGCCACGCUCCCUGGGCGGAGGCACUCGGACAACACGAUCCAGCCCCCGAGGAUCCUGGUGGCCCCCUGUUCGCCCGAGGGCACCGUCAGCUAUACCCCGGGGGGCCUCCCCGUUCGCAGGCAUUCCAGUGUCGGGACGCAGGACUCGCGUUUUUCGGGAUUCUUCAGUUCGCCCAAGAUGGCGAGCCCCAACCUGGGCGUGGACUUCUUCAGCUCGAGCAGAGCCAACGUAAGGCGCUACUCCGCCGCUGCAGUGUGCGGCGCUGCAGGACUGCCCAACGCCGCCAACCAGGCAUCAAGUUUUCUGCAGCAGAUUGGCUCUGGUGUUGUACGUACCUAUAUUGCUAGUCGUUGGUGUUGUGUCCAAACCACCACAACGGUGUACGUGAUGUUCGGUGCUGCCCUUCCUUCCGCAGUCUUCCCUUGCACCUCCCCAGCUGUGUGUGACACAGUAAAUUUUGCAAACAUCGCGGCAGGACAAUCUUUUUUGUUCGUCUCUCAACCUUGGUGCUGGUCCAGCUGA